AUGGGUACAAAUCUCACUUGGAUCUCAGAGUUUUUCUUGGUUACUUGUGGUGAUUUCACUUACUCAACAUCGUUUCUAAUAAUUGCAAUUAUUCCGCCUAUUAUACAGUGUUAUUUAUCUUAACAAUGUUUACGUCAUAAAUCAGAUAAAUCAAACGAAAGCUCGGACUCAGAUUCGGAUGAUGGUAAGUAAAGUUUUUAUUUAUAAUUCUUUAUAAUUUCUAACAGACCUGAUUACUUUUACUGUAAAUACAUUGAAUUUAGGUGUGUAUCCUAGCUUAGGACCUCUCUUGACACAGGGACCCCUGACUCAUGCUGGCACAACCGGUACCAUUAGGAAUUACGCCACUGUUCCAGAGGCUUACAGUUGAUUUCACGAAACUUUGGCCGCGCCAGUUGCGAGGUUGGUUGGGAAUUUGGGAACUAUAAACACGAGAUCAUCAAGUUGAUUGGAAACCGGCCAAACAAAUUCGGAAGUUUCGCAUCAAAUUGUCGAAAUUCGUUACGAAAUUCCGAACCAAAUUCGCAAGCAAGUUCGCAAAUUGCAAACGAUUUUGGAAGUAAAUUUUAAAAACUAAACCUACUUUGUUAAACUAUUAUAAUUUUAAACCUGAAAUUAUUAUUGUUAUGAUAUUUUUAUUAUUAAAUGAGUAAGUUUAAUAAAAUAAGUUUAGUUUUUAAAAUUAACCGCCAAAAUCGUUUGCAAUUUGCGAACUUGCUUGCGAAUUACUUGGUUCGGAAUUUCAUAACGAAUUUCGAUAAUUUGAUGCGAAACUUCCGAUUUUGAUUGGCCGGUUUCCAAUCAACUUGAAGAUCUCGUGUAUAUUAGUUCCCAAAUUUCCAACCAACCUCGUAAUUGGCGUGGCCAAAGUUUCGUGAAAUCAACUGUAAGGGGCAGGGAUCAAUAUAACGGUCGGCCACCGGCCAUUAGUCGAGCAAAAUGCUGAUAUGGCCGUCUACUGAUUACUCUGCACGGACAUAACGGCCGACCGUUUUGUUUCAUCAAUUUGAAUAUUUCUUCCUUCAUUGUUGCAAAUCUUUUUAACAAAAUCUGUAAUCUUUAACACAUGCAAACAAAGAUUCCGUCUGCUAGACAAUCACAGAAUCUGACUUCGUCCCGAUCCACACAAUAAGAGAACUAUUUUAUGUUAUAUAUACUGUUACUGAGUAAGUUCUGAUAUUGUGUAAUUUUGUUAACCAUUAUGCAUAUGGUUUGGACUUUUGGUAGUUGUUAGAUUUUUGGUUUAUAGUCCUGUGACAACUGACAACAUCCCUCUUGAGAAUAAUUAAGUGUCCGAUCAUGUCCUACCAAACACGGGUUGGUCUGACACAAUAUCAGACCAAGUUUUCAGAAUUAUAUUGAACUCUGUUAAGGGGUGGUUUAAGUUAAGAUGUCUUAAUCAUAUAUGUAGGGUAGAUAAAAACUACGUUAUUAUAAAGAAGAUGAUAACUGAUUUGAUUGGUCCAAAUGUGAUUACAAUCAGCCAUUUGGCCUUGUUCGAGGAAAAGCCUGUUGCUGACCAGUACAAUUCUGUUUCAGAGGACGAACCAAAGAAAAUUAAAAUUACAAUCAAACCAGCAGCAGAAAAGACCACAGCAAGUCUGGAUGAGUUUCGAUCAAUUCAACUUACUCUACCGACUCCUCCGGUAUGGGUGAGUAUUAUGUAAUAAAGCAUGAACGGUCGAUUUGUAUGGAAUUACUUGUGUUCACAUACUGUACUGUUAAAUCAGAAAUAAGCUGGUCAAAGGCUCGAAGCAUCCACAAAAGGUACCCUAUUUCAGAUCAAAGCUAGGGGAAGCGGAAGUAAAAAGCUUGGUUUGCAAGUUGGCCAAGCGGAAUGUAUUCCUUAAUUUUACACCAAACAAGUCCAUAUAGCCUGCAGGGAGGCACAUACCUAUAUGACGUAUAAUCGGGAGUACUCGUUUGGGCUGUAUAAUCAAUUUUAUAUCUUUUCUUGUAGCAAAAGAAAAGCGAGUCAACGUCAUCAGGUAAAAUAUUAACGGUCUUGAUUAGACCAUUAGGUACGUUGUAAUACGACCAUUAACAUCGUUCGUAAAGUCUCACAAAACAGCCUAUGUCUUGUUAUAUAGAUUGCGAUUUUCCGAAAACAACAUUCCUAAAUGGAUCAGGUGUUCAGUCUUCUCACAAACUGUAAGUAUUGAUUCCUAUAAUAAAUUGACGAAAUACCGUAUGUCAUCAAGUUGUACCAUUCCUUUACAUUUGGCAGGUUACACAUUACACAUGCAGCGUUAAUUCCCCCUGUAAAGGCCCGUUUACACGGGCGAUUUUUGCUGCAAUUUUAGUUGCGAUUUUCUCCUUUUGGAGGAUGUGAAGGAGUGGAUGAGUUAUAAAUUUUCCAGGUUAUGAAAUCUCAUAACAACAUUAUUAAAUAAUCUACUCCUUCAUAUCCUCGAAAAGGAGAAAAUCACAACCAAAAUCGCAGCAAAAAUCGCCUGUGUAAACGGGCCUUGACAAUCUCAGAUGCAUCACUACACAAAGUUCUCUUUUUUAAAGUGGCUAUUUGAAAUUAAAUAUCAAGAUUUUGUUGGCGUCUCAUUCGAUUGAAUAACAGUUGAAGGAUAUUGUACAUCCUACCCAAAGUUCUCAUUUCUAAAGUGGUUAAUUGAAAUUACAUUCUUAAAGGAUUUCAAGUCCUUCGUCAGUACUCAAAUUUCUCAUUUCUAAAGUGGUUAAUUGAAAUUACAUACUUAAAGGAUUUCAAGUCCUUCAUCAAGGGCCUUUACUCAUGGAAUAAGAUCCAUGGUCGCCAAAUUUAAUAUCAGGUCCCCCUAUAUAUGGUCUCCCUCGCAGGAGGAACGACACAAAGAGCAGCUGCGAGGGAGACUUCAGACUACCCUACAGUAUAUCAAUGAAGACCUAUUGAUCAAUAAAUUAAUCGAUGCAUUCGUGAAUUAUGAAAUCAAUUAUAUCACAAGACACAAGAUGCAAUAGUAUAACAAUUUGUGAAACUGGCUGUGCUCUAAUUUAAUCUCACCCCCUCUACCACCCUAGCAGACAUGUUUGUUUCCAACAUAAAUUCAAAGGUACAAGACAGUUUAACUAAAGUACAAGUUUAAAGAGGGACAUGCAGACAAGCAAUGAAACGAAGCAUCUUGCGGUUGAAAGAAAGGCUAAACAGUAUUGUCAGUCAUGAUUUAACUUAUUUCCGUUUUCACUAUAUAGAAAGUGAACAAAAAAUUUUAAAAAAUAUAGCAGGGACAACCUGUCUGUUUUCAGUUGCCUUUCCUUGCUUUGGAAACAACCAUGAAUAGUUCCCACCCAAAGAUAGGUACAUUUUGUGUUAUGAAGUAUUCUCUUUGUACAUACUGUAGAUGACAUAAAAAUAACUGUCGUUUUAAUUAAUACAGUACUUUGGCAAAUGACAUGCAUAUGGAAAAGUAGAAUGAAAUACUGUAUUUUAGGUAUUUUAAGACUUUACAAUAACUUUUUUAUUUUAUUUUGUCUCAGUCGCCACGCAGACUACCUUUGGCAAAUAUUGAGGCGCCAGAUGAAAACUUUGGUCAAUUGGCGACCUUGCACCCGGUCAACCUCGUACCCAGGGUUCUCUUUGUGCUGGCCGCGACAGAGAGAACCCUUGGUACUUGGUUGGCACCCGGUCAUUUCAACCACUGCCUUAAUUUACUCGAUGCUUCGAAAUUUUCAUUAUUAAAGUUUUUAGGUUGUUUGAUCCUGUAAUCCUUCAAGUACCUUGUCCAUCGCUAUCUACACUCACUGCCGCCCGUGGAACCCCAUGCACGCUCAAGAUUUAAUUGAAAUUAGAUAUUGCAGAAACUUGCAUUGGGAGAUUGCCCUAUAAGCUUCACCUUGCCCAGUAUCCGCCACUGAUUUAAGCUCGUCUGAAGCAAUGUUAACUUUGUGUUCUUGGACAUUUUAGAUCAAAAUCGCAAGAAGAUCUUCUUUCAAUUGACUUCAGUCAACCAACUUUUUCCAGUACCUCCGCUAUAACUACAUCGACAACAACCACAACCACGAAUAUAAAUUCACAUCCAAAUCAAUUGGCAAACUUUGCCUCGUUGAGUCCUCUGGCAACUAACAGUGGUCAAGGUAAGCAUCGUAUUCGCUGCACGCAACAGUCGAGGCUGUCUGCCUAGUGCACUUCUGCUUAGAAAUCUACGUGCCCCUGCAAUGUGCUCUAUAACAUGUUCCAAACGGGGGCAAUGAAAUUCUGAAAGAACAUUGGAUUGAACGUCAAGUAACUUAAUAAACAACAUAUUACGAAUUAAAACCAAAUAAAAAUAAAAUAAACAAAAUAGAAUCUGAUUAGACUAUAAAACUAAACCAGUUUUAUAGUUUCGAACAAAGUGAAAGUAAACAGAUUAUUUAAUCUUGCAUAAGUGUCGAAUAUUAAGUCUUUCUUUCUCGCGUGUUUCUGUAAUUCUAUAGAAACAUCUCCUUUGUAGCCUGCGUGCAGCCUGACUUUUCGAGGGGGGGGAAGAAAGACUGACUUUCCCCCCUUCCUCCUCGGAAUAUCAGGCUGCAUGCAGGCUACUCCUUUGCAAAGUCAUACAGUGUUCCCAAUAGAAGCCGGCACUCAUCGACUUUCGCUGUCAAAAUAUUUCAUCCUUACCACAGAAAUGUGAAAGGAAAGGUUUCUUGCUUUUAUAACUUAAAAUUUGCACCAUGGAAACAUGACAGAAUUUCCAAAAUUACCCUCCAAGAUGGCUGGAAAUGCUAUUUCAUAGGGUCUAAAUUUCAACAUCUUUACGGAGAGACGCCCCCCCCUCCUCCCAGGCAUUACUGAUACCUUCGGCACCACAUAAUCGCUUACUUCUUUCAAAAAGCUUCGUACUCAAAAUUCUAUUGGGAGCCCUUGAGGUUUUAAAACUAAUGUAUCACUGUAUAAUAUGCGGAAUUAUAUAUCUGUUGCACUUUCUAGUCCUUGAUUUAGAUAAACUAAGUUCAGGGGGCAAUGAUGAUAAACCACCGGAGCUGGCUCCAAAGAAAAGGAUUUCAAUGAUCAAUCGCAAUCAUUCUAACGAAUCUUCUCCAGCAUUGCCGCCUAAGAAAUCAUCUUUACCAAUGUUUGGAAGUACUGGAUCAUUAACGGAAACCACCUCCUCGUCUGUUACAGGUAAGAUAAGCCCUGAGACUGAGAAAUGCAGAAUAACCCAACACGAAAAAAGCUGGGGCCGGUUGUAUUAGAAUCCAGUUAAAGUUAACUAUAGUUGGUGAAAAAGUUAACCAAUCAGAAUCGUGCAUUUUAGAGUUAACUACAGUACAAUUUAACUACGAAACGAGUCGUUAAAAAGUAGUUGAGAAUUUUAUAGAAACGCCCCCAGUCUGCUAAAGGCUGUAGUAUAUUGUUGUUACAUGUAAUUACAGUCGUGCCAAUAGAAGCGCUCCGAAAAAUGUUGACCAAUUCAUUUCCUAACUUGAAGGAACACCUCUGAACAAUUCCUCAACAAUUUGAUAAGUUCCUUAAAAAGUUCCUAACUUCCUGUUUCAUUGACCAAUCAGAUUGCUCAAAAAUAAAAUAUAAAAUUUGAUUGGUCAAUGAAACAGGAAGUUAGGAACUUUUUAAGGAACUUAUCAAAUUGUUGAGGAAUUGUUCAGAGGUGUUCCUUCAAGUUAGGAAAUGAAUUGGUCAACAUUUUUCGGAGCGCUUCUAUUGGCACGACUGUAACUCAUGUAAUUUAUGACUGCCAACUCUCAUUCUCGUUUGACCGAACAUUUACAGUCCUGCAUACACAGUGCAUUUGAUUAUUUUAACUGUUCUGCGUUUGAUAUAAUUUGUUCCAUGUUUGUUGGCACCCCGCUAUUUGUCGAAUUGCAGUUUAGUCAGUACGUCAAUCUGGUGUAUCGGUAUGGGUUUUUCAGUGGUCAUGUACCGAAACUUCCAAUAUGUCCAAAUCGUCGAUUAUGUUGUACUACAACAAUACACAAAACUAGUUUCUGUCUACCGUCAUGUGGUACUAUGAAAUACAGUAUAUGAUGCUAAACUCCUUUGUGAAACGGCGCAUAUGGCUUAAAUUCCUUCGAAGUUGUCGCAGGCAUUGUUAAAAUCUAUAUCUCUUUCAAAUUUCUAUUAAGAUACUUUUCUGUCUAUUUAAAGGCCCAUAUACACUUGCAAUUUCUGCUACGAUUUUCUUCUGAUGGAUGUGAACGAGUGGAUGAGUUAUGAAAUGUUCAGAUGAGGGUACAUCAGUGAGACAUAUACUCAAAAAUUGCAAGUGCAAAUGGGCUUUGACAAGGCCAAAGAAAUUGUAUACUGAUACCAGAAAGUUCACAGACCGAACAAUGCCCAUUAAGCUAGAACCAGAACGAGACUCUUUGAAAGAACUUUCUCAAUAUUUUCCAAGCUUUUGUGUUGUAUUUGUUGUACUAAUUUUUAUUCUUCGUAUUGUUGUAUUAUUCCGAAUAGAUAAGGAAAGUACAUCAGAUGAAUCAAGACAGUCUCCACCAGACUCUCUUUCCUUUCUUGCUCCGCCGCCAUCUGAGCUACCAAGAACAACAUCUGCUGGUAGCUUGAGCAUUCCUGCUUCACGGCCAAGACCGAAGGUACAGUAUAUUGUCUCUAUAUAGUAAUGCUCUUUAGGCUGCGUUAUGCAUGUGUGAAGGUUACGAUAGAUAGGCGUUGCAUUCGUGUCUGAAGUUCAAAUUCGAAAUUCUACUCCGUCUUUUAUUCUGUAUGAGUGCGCAUGGAAGAUGACACUUUUUGCUAUCCGUCCGAAUACUGGAUAUUAUGUGAUUCCCAUACAUACCAUCCAGUAUAAUAGAUAUUUACAACCUGAAACCAAAUAUUUCUUUAUUUACGCAAUAAUCCUCAGAAAUAAGAAAAAUCUUUUCAUACUAAUUCUGACAAUAGAGAAGUUCAGAUUUGACUUCCGCUACCAUUAACUCUCAUGCACUGGCUUAAUGCACAUCUGAUUGGUUAAUCGGAUAUAUCAAACGCAUCUGAUUGGUUAAUGGUCCCUUAAUGGUAGCGGUAGUCAAAGAUGAACUUCAUGCUGAAACAUAGAACAACGAAGCAAUCGUUACCUCGAUUGAGAUUCGAAUUCUCACCUUCGGGUGUGUGGACCACCACUCUACUCAUUGAGCUAUCGAGACAGAGCCGUGCACCCCUUAUUAUCAUAUGGUGAUAGGAAUGUUCGGUAUGAGAAAUUUCUGGUAUCGGUAUACCGAAAAAAUUAUACCGAUAUUAUCGGUAUACCGGUUUUCCUUUGAUAAUUAUAAAGGAAAAUUCUUUAAUGGAAGUUUGAAGGAAAUUUUGAGUAAUUCUAAAAGGGAAAACGAUAAUUUCGAAGCUGUUUCGAACAUGUUUCGAACGACAUGCAUGCACGUUCACGUGUAAAAUCUCACUGAAGUGGAAAUUCUGAAUCAUUGCAGUAGAAACUUCUUUGAAUUGCCAUUCGGUAGUAAAAUAAAGGUUAUGGUUUCGCCAUAUAGUUGGUAAAUUUAACACGGUAUACCGAAAAAUUCCGGUAUAUCCGAAAUUUGGGUGUAUUGGUAUGGUGGUAUGGUUGAAUAUCCGGUAUCGAUAUGCCGAUAUUGAUUUAAUACCGAUAUUUUCGGCAUAUAGGUAUGCCGAACAGUCCUAAUGGUUGACUUAAAUGACAUUUACACUGUAUCACAGCUAUAUUCUUAAUCUACGCGUCAUAACUGAAACUGUUUUCUGUGAUUUCUAGCCUCGUCUUAGUGCUGCUGGUAAUGAAUUAUCAUCAAGCUCUCUGUCGCUGAAACAAAAUUUCGACCCAACAAGAACGUAUGGCUCACCUACACCCACUACUACAACAACUGAGACAGCCUCAAGCCUUUCAGCUGACCUCCAUGCCCGCGUGUCAAGUGCUGCGGGCACAGCAGACGGAGAUGAUCCUGGAGGUUCAGCAAAGACGAUAUGGGAUAGAAUAAACAGUCCAAGUACACAACGAGCCUUGCGUGGGAAUACUUCUCCUGUAGUCUCUGUUCGUGGUAAUGGUGGUAUACUUCAACCAACUAUGGUAAGAAAAUACUGUAAUAUUUUCUAUUGCACAUAACAUUAAGUUUAUUGUCAAUUUUAGCUCACAUUCAACACGCGGUACCUAACUUCGUUAUGAAUAUUUCCAAUUUUGGAAUAUUCGACGGUUCACUUGCCAAUCUCGAGUAUUAAAAGUACUGUAAAUAACGGAGUUGGGGGUGUUUAUGGUUAAAGAAUUGUUGAAAUUCUAAUUAUAUAACCUUCAUCUCCUAAGUUAUGCCCAGGAAUUGACCUUAGAAGUCGUGUCACUGUCAAACAAUGAGUAUUUGACCCACGUGUAUCCCACACUGCAUUGCGUAUACCUAAUGUUUAGAUGGAUUAAAAAUUGUGUGACUGAAGCACUUCUAUGGUCAAUUCUUCUAAUUCGUUAGCCAUAAACAGUACAACUCACGAGUUUACCGUAUGUUUAGUACUUCAGUAAUUCAAAUACAGCAACAAAUUCCCUUUUCAAAUUCCCCGCCCAUUAUUCCGAUUGUGGUAAUUCAGAUAUUCGCAACAUAUGUGGGACCCCGCGCUGAAAUGUUGGCGUGUACUUUAUGUGGCCCAGUAUGAAAUAUAUAUUAACAUUUACCCUGAAUCCAGCCCCAACCCUUACCCUAUGGGGUCUUUGAUUGUAACUGUCCUGAAAGUAUGACUUUAUAGGUAAGCUGUUUGAUAUGCUGAAAAUUUCCGUUGUUAAAAAUUCUAUAUGUUAUUUCCAAGGUAAAUGCAUCAGGCAAUCAAAUGGUUAAAAAGAAUGAAGAAAUCAUACCAGUUGCCGUCGCCCUAGUUGAAACUGUGAAUGCUCACUUCAAAGGAAAGGACACAUCAAGGUAAACAUAAUCUUUUUAUAUGAGAGAAUAGACUCCUCCGCGAUUCUGUUCGUAUACAGAUUUACACUUUUUCUCCCAAAGAGUUAUGAUUGUAGUUGAUGACGUGGGUAUAUGCCUUAUACUGUACAAUCUUUUGGUGUACUGUAUUGAAAAGUGCUAAUGCAUGGUGUUUUUUCCCCGAUAGUCGAGAAAUUUGAAGGAGAUCAAGGCGAAGGCCUUUCGUCUGAGAGUUAAGCCGGUUUUUUAGCGAAUGGGUGAAACUAAUUAGAUUUUUAAUACAUUCUUUUCAAUUUUAACAAUAAAAAUUCACUUCCGCUUCGCGCGAAGAAAAUCGCUAGUGGAAAAUAGGCUUAGGUAGAACUUUCUCCGAAAAGUCAGAAUCUUCUGUUUAUGCAUUUCGCAAUUGCAAUAGUAAUUUUUAGACUACUUGUAUUGCCGCUAUAAGUGUAGUGUAGGUAGUUUUGUAGCAUUACUCUACAUCGAAAGACAAUCGUUGUAUAUUUUCAGGCACAGUGUAACUGGUGAUGUCACUGUAUCAUUUCCAGCAAGUGCAAUCAAUUCUCUAUCAUCAAGCGAGGAUCCUCCUGUACUAACUUUUGCCAUUACAGGAUCAGCGUUGUUGGAAAGUGUUAUACCUAAUAAAUCUCUAAUUAUGAGGUACAGUGAGUUAUAUACUGUAUAUACUAUCUAUCUAUAUAUCUAUCUAUCUAUCUAUUUACCUAAACAAGGGAGUGUUCUGCAGGGCAGGAAAAAUAAUUUUCUUCCUGGGAGCACAACCUGGAGACAAAAAUUUCCUGCAGACCAACGGAGUAGUUUUGUGCUAAAUCUGCAUGUUCAUAAACAUAUAGCGUUCUAGCUGACCAUCGUUUUAAAUUCAAGGAAUAAUGUCUGUCAACCAUAUGUUGUUGCGCCGAUAGUGGGACAUGGGUGUUAAGGUUUCCUUCAAAUUUUCAAUAGCAAAUCUUCAUUCAAACGAAUUUCCUGCAGCUGUUUAACGUUUCCUGCGAGCAGUGCUCGCCUAUUUUUUCCACCCCUGAUGUUCUGAUGGGCUAUGGUUUGUGACAUAGAGACCUGUGCCUCCUCCCUUUGACUACAAUUCUUGAACAAAUACUUGAGAAAAUUGUUAUUUUCGUGGGUGAAUUCUAAUUAAAGUUUAAAAGUACUCACUUUAACUUCCUCCUCCCUCAAACCAAUGUCGUUGUCAGGCUUCCUUAUUCCGCUGCCCAAAAAACCAAGAGCCACCCCAUUCAUGGGGCCUCCGUGUGUAAUCCCCGUGCAGUGUACACAUAACUUGUAAAAUUUUCGAAAUCGUCGUUUAUUAGACUUCCCCAGAUCCAGACACUAAAUUUCACCCUCAUCCUCGAAACCCUUUAGAGGGUUCUGUUAUCACCACUUACCACGAAAUUAAUUAUCUCUAGGUAUGGCGCUGAGUGUGUGUAGUUGACAAACAAUGCUCUCGUUUUGUUUUAGCGACGAACCACCAGGAGAUAGAGAUGCGAAAUAUUUUAAAUUUAGGAUGCCUGCUUUGAUAGCUCAUUUGAAGAGACUAGCUGAGCAAGGACAAGCACCUUAUUAUAAUAUAGAUAUCCUUAAAUAUCAGGUAAAAAUUGCUACUUGCAGUGACGGCUCUGUCUCGUUCAUAUUGUAGGUAGGGCGGACCCUUAUUGGGGGGAGGGGGUGGGGGGGGGGUGAAUUAGGUUGUAGCUGGAAAUCCUAGUUCUUCGAACGUUUUGCUUUAUUUUGUGCAUUGUUGAGCUUUUACUGUGAAUGUAUGGUAUCCCCCUUACGAUGCCUUGUAAUAAAGAGGAAAGAAUGGUUUAUGAACAACAUUUAUCAUUUCAUUAUUAGGUUCAGCAUGAUGUACUACUGCUCCCUCUGGCAGUAAGUUGUUAUUGGAAAUGUGAUGAAAAAAUGACAGAUGUCAGAUUAGAUUAUCAAUAUUCACCAUCAUGUUUGUCUGUGGCUUCACCUCUCAAUAAUGUUUCUGUUAUCGUUCCUGUUAAUGGAGGAGUGGAGAUUAUGCAGUCUAAACCGAUGGCCAAAUGGUAAUACUCUAUGUCUACUGUUUCUAUAGGCUUAUGUGGCUUAAAAAGCAGCAAUUGUUUGUCAGCUACCAAAGUGUUGGCACUAUCUCUCUUUUUUUUGUCAUAUUAUAUUUAACAAAUAUAAAACAUUUUCCGUGUUGAUAUACAGUUAUAUCAACACGAGUGGAAAUUGGGAAAACGAGAAAUUGUGUGGAAACACGACGCCCGAAGGGCGGAGUGUUUUCACACAAUUUCGAGUUUUCCCAACUUCCGCGAGUGUUGAUAUAACUAUAUAUCAAUACGGAAAAAAUGUUUUAUAUUUGUUUUAUAAUAUAGCAAUGUCAAAAGCCCGAAGAAUAAGAACAAUUUCCGUGUUACAAGCGGCGGAAAAUUUCCCGUGUUGACAUGGAGUUAUAUUAACACGGCUCUUAGCCAAUCAGCGUUCAGAAUUUACAAAUGCUAUAUUAUAAAUAUAUAUAUAUAUAUAUAUAUAUAUAUAUAUAUAUAUAUAUAUAUAUAUAUAUAUAUAUAUAUAUAUAUAUAUAUAUAUAUAUAUAUAUAUAUAUAUAUAUAUAUAUAUAUAUAUAUAUAUAUAUAUGUUUGCCAUCGCAUAUAUCACUGACCACUAGAUAUAAUGAGGAACAAAAUGAAAGCGAAAGCAGACAGAUACAAUACAAUGCAAUUUAUUCUCUUCUUAAUAACCUUAUAUAAAUUACAUACAAGUUUGCAUAAGAAAUAGCGCUAGCACCACAAAAUAACCAAAAAGCUAAACGACUGGGGGCCAAUUGUACCAAUUAACUAGUUAUAUAGAUCGAUUGUUUGUUCAGUGUGUUGUUGAUUUAUAGCCCUAUACGCGUUGGUUUACGUCUAUUAUCUGCAGUUAUUAACGAUGUCAAGUCGACUUACAUAGUUUACAUUUUAGGUCAAAAGAACAUAAAAAGGCUCUUUGGCAGAUUCCAGAAUUAUCAAAUAAUUCUGAGGGUCAAGGUACGUAUGCCAAAGUUUUAUUUCAUUCACUUUAUGAAUGUAGAUGGGCAAUAACUGGAAGAUACAUGUACAUGAAAUGAUCAGAUGAGUCAGUAAACCUGGACUAGACAAAUAGUGAAAUAAAAUGUUACUGCUAUAAACAUAAAAUUACAUUUUAAACGGUUUUGCUUGUAAUAUGCGCAAUUCCGUCUGUCUUCGUGUCACAAUUUGUAGCAAGUAACAGCAGAUUUAUUAUUAAAAUACGGUUUAAAUUUUGUUUUCUAUCAUUAAACUCCUUCAGACCAUAUUUUGCGGUCUUUUGGUUCUGCGGGGAAGAAUUUUGUACAUAAUUCUCUCGAAGUCUUGGCAAAACAAAAGUUCCCCAUUUCUUUUCUCGACCGUGGUCCGUUACAAUGGUCCCUGGUUGAGUGAGAUUUCUGGAUUUUGUAAUAGACCAUGGUUGGGUGUAUACUAUAUAUUAAGUAUUAUACUAUAUAGCAAGUGUGCAUGCUUUUAUUACUUUAAACUUAUGGUAGCCUUGUUUGUAGGUUUCAGUUCCCUAAGAGCGCGAUUCGACGUUACAGAAGGACCGAGUGUAGCUCAAACGAUUGCUGUGCAAUUUCAGUGUAAUGGCUCUACGCUCUCGAAAAUUGGUUUUCAACUUAAUACGGACAUGUAUAAACUGUCGUUAGUGAAGAAAAAAAUU